AUGAAUAGAUAUAAACCAAUAAGUAGUUCGAUUAAAACUCAUCAAUCAACUGCUAGUCUACCAAAAGAAGAAGUUAAUGUUGUUUUACUUGGUAAACAAAAUGUUGGUAAAUCAGCAAUAGUUGUCAAAUAUUUAACCAAACGUUUCAUUUGUGAAUAUGAUCCUUUUCUUGAAGAUACUUAUUGGAAACCAGAUGUUGUUGAUCAACAAGAAGUAUUGGUAAAGGUCAUGGAUACCUAUGGAAAAGAUGAUAAACGUUUACCAUAUUAUUUAAAAUGGGCAGAUGCAGUAUUAAUAACCUAUAGUAUAACUCAACAAGAUAGUUUUGAUAUGGCACUGGCUUAUUUAGAUGCUAUAACAAGUUAUUCAAAAAGUUUAACUGUAUCAACAAAUGAACUUGUUCUUAUGUUACUCGGUAAUAAACUUGAUUUAGAACGUCUAAGAGUAAUUCCAAAAUGUGAAGGUGAAGCUACAGCUGCUAAAUUUAGUUGUGCUUUUUGUGAAACAACAGCAGCUGAUGAUUAUGAAUAUGUACAACAAUUAUUUCAUCGAACUGUACGUGAAGUACGAAAAGAACGUGAACGUGUUGUUGCAUCAAAUUCAAUUGAUGAAGAACCAUCAACAAUAACAACAACAACAAUGCCAAUACAUUCAAUUAUUCAUUUUCCUUCGCCAUCAUCAUCAUCAUCAUCAAGUUCAUCAGUUCACUUUACAAUAUCAAAUGAAACAGAAAAAUCAUCAAAUAUUCCUUUGCCACCUCCAAUACCAAUCAAUUUUACACAAAAACCAACAAAAUUAAUUAAACCAGAUUCACAAGUCUCAUUGAAUUCAUCAUCAACAGCAAAUUUAUUACUUUCAUCUCCAAUGAAAGUAGGUUCACCAAUGCCAACAACAACAACAACGAACAAUUUACCUGCAGCUACAACACCAAAUACUAAACGUUCAUCCUCGAAACCGUCUGUAUUUACGAGAAUUUUCAAAUAA